UAUAAACCUAAAUGUAAAAUAAGUGGUAAAGAUGCUCAGUCAGCGUUAGAAAGAGCUAAAACAGAGAAAUGUCGUCAAGAGAUAGCCGAUGUUGUCUGUUUGGAUCAAGAACAGAAACUCUAUGUUAAGAAAUUACCCAGAUCAUGUCCUGUAGAAGGUGAGUUACAUUUCUCUUUAAAGAAUGCUGCUACAUUAGCUAGUAAAGAUUAUUUAGUUGGUAAAGCUGCUGUCAAAGUUGUUUUUGUUUUAACCUUUAAUGGUAGACAGAUACGUCAAGUCAUCCGAUUAAUACGAGCUAUUUAUCAUCCAGACCAUUUUUAUUAUAUUCAUGUAGAUAAGAGAGAAGAAUAUCUGUUUCGAGAGUUACUCCCCUUAGAGAGCAGACUAUCAAAUAUUAAAUUAGCCAGAACAAGAUUUUCUACAAUAUGGGGUGGAGCUAGUUUAUUACGGGCACAUCUUCAAUUUAUGUCUGAACUUUUAGCUAUAUCGUCAUGGAAAUGGGAUUAUUAUAUUAAUCUUAGUGAAAGUGAUUACCCUAUCAAACCAAUUAAUGAUUUAGUUGCCUUUCUUACCAAAUAUAAAGGAAAUAAUUUCCUGAAAUCUCAUGGCUCGGAUACCCACAGGUUUAUCCAAAAACAAGGUUUAGAACAGACAUUUUAUGAAUGUGACAACCAUUUGUGGCGUUUAGGACCCAGGAAACUGCCUACUGGUAUAAGAAUAGAUGGUGGUAGUGAUUGGAUUGGUAUUUAUAGAGAAUUAGCUGAGUUUGUUAUAUUAGAAAAUGAUGAGCUAUUGAAAGGGUUGAAAGGUUCAUUUCAAUAUACUCUUCUACCUGUGGAGUCAUUCUUCCAUACAUAUAGUCAGAAUAGUCGUUUCUGUGAUAAAAUAAUAGAUAAUAAUUUACAUUUGACUAAUUGGAGACGUAAACAGGGUUGUAAAUGUCAAUAUAAACAUAUUGUUGAUUGGUGUGGUUGUUCACCUAAUGAUUUUAAAACUUCAGAUUUAGAUAAAUUAAUGAAUUAUGAAGAUAAAGCUGUAUUUUUUGCACGUAAAUUUGAAGCUGUUGUCAAUCAAGAAAUAAUAAAUAGUUUAGAUGUAUAUUUAUUUGGAGAUUUUAAACAAGAUAUGACAGCUUUAUCAAACUACUGGCAAAAUGAACACCAUUAUUUAGAUAAAAAUACUAAAACCAAAGAUGCGUAUUUAACUGGAUAUUAUUCCCUGAUGAGAUUAGGAUUAAGAAUAUUAUCUGAACAGUCCCCUAGUUGUCAAUAUAGACCAAUCAAAGUACUAGAAGCUAAUUUAUUUUAUGAAUCUGAUCAUUUCCAUGGCUUAUUGGUGCUCUAUCAAGUUGAAGAUAUCCGCACAGGAAAAACUUUAAAUAUGGAAACUCAUAUGCAUCCAAAGACGCAUUAUUCUGUGUUAAAUCCUAUAGGUAAUAUAGGCAGACUCUCAACUCUAGAUGUGGGUACGAAUUUUGAUCCAAAGGAACUGAUAUUUCGAAACUAUGCAUCUUUAAUAGGUCCAUAUGAUGAACCUGUUUUACGCCAUGUUUGGGGACCAGGUGAUGAAUUUGUGAUAUCUAUUGCAUGGAUUGAUCCAACUAAUGUGAUAGCUGCCUCAUAUGAUGUUAAAAUUCCAGCAGCCUCUCAUAUAGGAAACCAAAAUCCUUCAUUAAAAAAUCCAUUACGGCCUGGAGUUUGGACAGUCCGACUUAUGGAAAAUUUAAAACUCGUUGCUGAAACUAAGUUUCUUAUUUUUCCCCUGCAGUUUUAUCAGGCUAAAGUUAUAACCACUAGUGAUAUACAUCAGGCACAUCGCGGACCUGAGGGUUUCUAUGCUAAAAAAGAUUUUUCAGAAUUAAGAAGUGUUCUUAAAGUGCCAAAGGAUGAAGGCUUAGAAAUGGAAGCUUUGACUAACGCUAGGCGAGUGGGAAGAGAUCUGGAAAAGUGGAUUGAUGAGCUCUCUCCUUUGUUCUGGCAAGUUCAGAAAACUUGUUCUAUUGAAGGAGUUAGCAAGAGUUGUCCUCAAGUGGAAUGGUGUCGAACUUCUUCCUGGAGUUCCAGAUCUCCAGAUCCAAAGUCUGAACUUUCAUCAAUUGAUGCUAAAUUAAAACAACUGCGAAGAUGA